AUGUCAACACAAAAAUCUGAAAAAUCUAUAAAAAAUCAUUAAUAAGAUGAAAAGUUGAAGAAAUUGUUUAUGAAAAUAACUCUAAAUUCAUUACGCAAGUAUUUUAACACUAAAUAACUUCCAUAUCAUCCCUUGAUUACUUGCGUAAGCAUUAAACCAGGAUGCAUCAAUCGAUGUGCCUCUCUUUAAUCAUAUCCUAAUUAAUCUGUAUGGAAAUCUCUUCUAGAGUUACCUAAUGAAAUGCAACAAGAAGUUGUUGAGUUUCUAAUAAAUGAGUUGAAUGUCAAAUAAUAAAAAUUCUCAUCAAAAUUUUUAAUAGAAGGCUAAGAAAGGAUAAGGAAUAACUUUGACUUUUAGAGCUUUUACAAAGAGCCAAUUAAGCCUGACAUCCUACCAAAUGAUAAUUAAUCAGAUUCUAAAAAAGUCGAAGACAUUGAAAUUAAGGAUGAUGGAACUAAGAUAAAAUAAAAGAAAUGGUUCAAAGGGGAAGACUUUGUAAGUGAAUCAAAGUAAAUUGCAACAUAGAUGAGAUUAUGUAAUCAAAUUCCUCCAUUAGUAACAGUCAAUUCAAUUCAUUAUCACAAAAUGAGAAGUCUUCUAGAAAAAAUUAAGGAAUAGAAAUUUAAACAGUCAGAGGAAAUGAAAAUCUUUGUAGAAGAACUUGAGAAGUUUAUUUAAAAGGACCCAAAAUCAAUGGAACUUAAAAAAAAGAAGAAGAUUAAAAAAUCUAAUGAUAAAAAGGAUCAUCAACAUGAUGAUUAAGAAUCCAUUUAAAGAUCAAAAUCACUUUAAGAUGAAGUUAAAGUCGAAGAUAAUUCAGCCUAAGAUUUCCUUGAUCAAUUCAAAAUGAAAAUUAAAUAGAUUGAACCUGGGGUUGUUCUAUACCUUCCAUAAUAUAAAAAAAUAGAUCCUUAAUACCAUCAAUAUUACAAAAAUCUAGAAGAUAGUUAUUUCAAAGAUUUGUAUUAUAAGGUAAAGGUUGAAGAAAUAGUACUAAAUACUAAAAAUAUCUUAAGGUUCGCCAGACAAGUUUUUCAAAAUUUAGAUUUUAUUAUUCCAUACAAGCAAGAAAACCUAAAUUCUUUGAAAUGA